AAAUCUUCAAGUAAAUAGUUGUGGAAGCAAUGAAGAAUACUUAUUUCCAUGUAAUUUUGACAUUAUUAGCAACCCUUUUGGUGGUUUCAGUGCAUGGGCAAAUUUCAACGCCAUGCACAACCUCAAUGAUCUCCAACGUCACGCCAUGCCUAAAUUUCAUAACUGGAAGUAGUGCAAAUGGCCGUUCGACACCAACUCCGAGCUGCUGCGCUUCUUUGAAAUGGCUUAUGAGUACUAGUACGGACUGUGCUUGUCUUGUUUUAACUGCCAAUGUCCCUGUUCAACUGCCCAUUAACCAAAUUUUGUCCCUAGGCCUCCUCACAGCCUGUAACAUGGGCGGUAUUCCAACUCAGUGCAAAGCCUCUGGCACUCCUCUUCCAGCUCCAGGUCCUGUGGCAAUUGGGCCAGCACUUUCACCUAUGGCUACUUCGCCUCUCAGUCCACGAGCUUCCAAACAAACAUCAUUUCCUCCAGCAGAAGCACAGGCAUCAUCAGCAGAGGAAUCAGAAGCACCAACCACCCCCGCCAGGAUCAGGCCAGUUUUCACACCGCCAUCAUUGACAUCCGCCUCCCUCCCAUCCUACACUUCCCCAGCAUCAAUUCUACUGCUACUUUUAGGAAUCUUGAUUUUCAACGGCUAUAAAUUUUCAUUUUAAGUAUUCCAAAUCUCAUUGACGGGUAAUAAUUAUGUUGUCGCAUUGCAACAUUACUUGAAUUAUUAGAUUCGCAGCUACUUUCAAAUUCUAUUAA